GAUUCAAUAAAUAAACGGAACAAUGCAGGUCACUAACUUUUCGAUAAACGUGUUAUCUACCCUUGUAUUAACUUUAGUUUGAUAAAUACAUUUGUGUAGACACGAAUUCUGUGGUGUUGAUAAACAUGUGCUAGUGGCUAGUGGAAAAAUGGUUGAUGUGGAUAGUGAAAACUUUAUUUUCAGUGUUCCUACGAACCAAGAUGAAGGUAUAAUAGCUGUGGAUAUCUCAAGCAACGUUCUCGUAGAUUCUGUUACAGCAAUGCCUCAAACAUCAAUUUCCUCUGAUAUGAUUGGUGUCGAUGAUACUGGUGCUGAAGAAGAAGAAACAACCAAGUUAACUUUGGCCUAUGAGAGAUUAUAUGAAAUACCAAGAACCAUAGUUGAAAAGUUUUCAAACUACAUUCAAUAUUUAGAUAUAAGUCAUAAUAAAAUCACAAAUCUGGACCCACUAGUUCACUUCAAGCAUCUCACUUCAUUGAUAGCUGAUGACAAUCCAGUCACAGAGAACUGCUUCUUGCCACCAUUGCCUAAACUACAGUUAUUAUGGUUAAAUUAUUGUAAAAUAGCAUCCUUAUACCCUUGGGUGGGUAAACUAAAGGAAUCAUGCCCCAAUUUACAAUAUUUAUCGCUAAUGGGCAACCCAGCUGCCCCUAGCUACUUCAAUGGUGGUACUUUUUAUGAAUAUUUGCAAUACAGACUGUUUAUAAUAUCCCAAUUCUCGUCAUUAUAUCAUCUGGACGACAGAAAGGUCACGGAGGACCAGAGGGAGGAAGCUCAAAGGCUAUACAAGCGUCCGUUCUUGCAACGGAUAGCUAGCCCUAAUUCUAGCGGCAUAACACAACUGAUGACUAGGUCAGUAUCGUGGAACUCCCUUCAGAGUAAAUUGUCAUCAAUAUUGAAUAAGGAUAAACAGGAUGGUAGGAAUUUGCUAAUCUAGACGGAGGUACUGAAUUUUUCAAUUGUUGCCUUCGUAACAAUGUUUGCCUUUAAAUGUGGUGUCUCUUUCAUUCAUUAUACUGUUACAUGGAUUACAGAACAGAUAAAAUAAAUUAGGACAAUCAUAUGGGUUAAGAAAGUGUGUUGCUCAUUUAAAAACGCUCAUAAUAUAAGCGUUUUUGUAUAUAUCAACGUACUGUAUUGAUAAAAAUGACACAAAGACAAACAAAUUGAAUAUAAAACAUUUGUUUGCAGUGUAAAAGCACCAUGUUGUUCUAAGUGCAUCUUCUCUAUCUCUUUAUCAAUUAUUAAUCUGUAUUUACAGUAACAUCGAAUUCACCUGAACUUAUAUGAAAUAGUUUAAAAUGUUUAUUUAACUUUUAUUUUUAUGUUUUGUUGGUAUUGUUGCGGCCAUUUGAAUAUUCGUUAUGUAACAUAAUAUUAAUAAGAAACGGAGGGGUUGUUGUGUAUGUAUGUUUGUAAUGUUUGCUUACAAUACUAAUAGACUGAUUUCAUAAAUUUUUCACUAUUAGAAAGCUACAUCAUUUUAUUUUUAAACCGAGCUAAACCGGCAGAGCGCCUAGUUUAUUAUAUAAUAAACAUUACUUGGAAAUUAUUUUACUCAUGAUUCUUAAGCGUAACCAAUAAUUGUUUAUAGGUUUUAGUCACAUAUAGAUAUAUAGCCAUACCAGUAUAUUAAAAACUAUAAUUACAAGUAAGUAAAUAUCUUAUAUCAAAAACAUAUAAGCAAUAACUUUAGAAUUUAACGGUUAAAAUAUAGAUUGUCUUAAAAAUAUAGGUUUCAAUAUUCUAUGGUCUAAUGUUAAAAAUGUUCGUCUUCCAAGUAAAAAAUUAUAAACUUUGAUACGAAUUAUUAAUCGUACUGUUAUCUCUUUCGAAUUUUGUAGAAUAUAAUUUUGUUAUUACACAUGUUUAAAUAAAUCAUGAAAUGAA